AACCAAAAAAAGAUUGAAAUAAUUUGACUAUUCACAAUUUGGUACUUUCAUCUCGGCUUCAGAAUUAUUACAAGUACACUGCUAUUAUUUCCGUAAAGAAGGGCUAGAUGGGUGUGCGAGGUCACUUUGAUUCUAUAAAUGCAACUCGGUACCACGUUCAUCAUGUAUUUGAUCGUACCAUAAUUGCUUCACAAACAUGAAAAUACAGGUAGCCGCCUUUCUUGCCGUGGUGCUUCUCGCUGCCACCGACGCGAGCCACUUGGCUGCUGCUUUGGUGGGACCGGGUACGCACGGUACCAUUCUGCAGGGUCCUAGUUCCAAAACGUCCCUCGUGGGUCCUGAUGGAAGCCACAUUGCCGGAGUUGCCGCCGGUGGUACCGUGGUGGCACCUGCUCUUCAUGGUGGUGUUGUGAGUGCGGCUGUGGCUCCUGGUUACGUGGCAGCUGGAGUACCGGCGGUUGUGGGAGUCCACGCAGGGGCUUUCUUGGCUCCAGGAUCGGGGCACGAAGGGCAAUAUGUUCACGACUACACGGAGCAUUUAUAUGACGAUGGGUCAUACAAGGGAGAUUAUUAUGAAGGGCAUUAAUAAUAGUAAUUGUAGUAGAAAGCAUAAGUAAGCAUUUACUGUAGAUAUGAUUUUUUACUAAAUAUAUUACUC